CAGUUUAUCAAGCCAAUCCAAAAGUUGAGAGUAUGAUGGCAGGAAUGGGCUACAGAGGAAAAGGUUUGGGAAAACAUGAACAAGGCCGACUUGACCCAAUUGAGUUGUCGAAGCAGAAAGGCAGAAGUGGUUUGGGUCGCAUUGUCAAGGGAUUGCAAGCAGAGAGUUUAACAUGGGACUCAUCACUCGAGGUUGUGAGUGUGGAGGAGAAACCGGAUUGGCUGCACUGCUUCAUGGCUGAAUUGACUGAAGAAAGCAUGCGAGACUGGCCCAAAGAGGGCGAGAAAAUCCUAGUUAUGGACUCAUUUUCUGAUUUUGUCGAUCCGGAUCUCCUAUUUAAAAUUCUUGAGAAAAAGUCAGUAUUCGAUGAUUUGGAUCCCAUGUCGUUAAAUAUGGCUGUGAAACGAGCUAAUCCUUUCAAAACUAUUAGACAUGGUAUUUUUCAAAAUAGAGCUGCUAUGAAAAUGGCCAAUAUGGAUAAAGUAUUUGGAAAAAUGUUUACGGAACCACUGGAUCACAAAGGUAAACCAUUGGUAGGAGAAAAGGACCUGCUAUAUUUUGCCGACGUUUGUGCCGGGCCUGGAGGGUUUUUAGAAUAUGUGCUCUACAGAAAGAAUUGGCAGGCGAAAGGUAUUGGCUUCACUUUGGCCAAUGAGACUAACGAUUUUAAGCUGGCUGAUUUCAUGGCUGGCACUCCAGAAUCGUUUGAAACUUACUACGGAGCGAAAGGAGAUGGUGAUGUAUACGAUCCAGAGAAUAUAACAAGUUUAACAGAAUUUGUCAUGAUGAAAACCGACGGUGUUGGUGUUCAUUUUAUGAUGGCAGACGGAGGAUUUUCCGUGCAGGGCCAAGAAAAUAUUCAAGAGAUUCUCUCUAAAAGACUGUACCUUUGUCAGUUCCUUGUUGCAUUGUUCAUCGUUCGAAUCGGUGGCCAUUUUGUUUGUAAAUUGUUUGACAUUUUCUCACCGUUCAGCGUUGGACUGGUUUAUCUCAUGUACAGAUCGUUCGAAAGUAUAUGCAUACAUAAACCAAAUUCUAGUAGACCUGCCAAUUCUGAAAGGUACAUCAUUUGUAAAAAUAAGCAGAGUGGCGCAGUUGAAAUGUUACCUCAGUUUACCGCAGUUGAAAUUAAUCUUUGAGAUGGGAAGGAAAUAAUCCUCCGAAUAUUUAAAUCAAUAAAUUGAAUAUAUAGUUCAAUAUAUUAACUAAAAUAUUCCAUUUAUUUAAUUUCCAACCCCUUCUAAGUAGCAACAUUUAUAAUUGAAUGAUAUGACAGCUCAACAAUUCAAGAUUUACCCCAUUCAUUACUUGUCAUUGAUGAUUGUUAGGCAUAUUCAAUAAUCAACAAUAAGAUUGUAAUCAUGUUUGCAAUUUAAUAUACAUAAUAGAUCAAAUAAAUAGAA